UCCCACAGAGCCUCAGCCAGUGGCCGCUACUUCCCGCAGGCAGGCAGAGCUGUCUGAAGCCAGCAGCAGAGCCUGCAGGGACAGAACCUGCUCCACAAAGCUGCCUCUGCAGGCUCCUGGCUGCUAACAGCCCCAUCCACAGGUUCUCCUCCGGGACAGGUGCUCCCAAGAAAGACACUAAGCGGCCCUCAUGUCAGUCAUAGCCAGCCCCGGGCCUGUCUCCACCUUGGCCCCUGACAAUGAUUUUAGAGACAUCCACAACUGGACAGAGCUGCUCCACCUCUUCAACCAGACCUUUUCAGACUGCCACACGGAACUCAACGAGAACGCCAAACAAGUGGUCCUGUUCGUCUUCUACCUGGCCAUCUUUGUGGUAGGGCUAGUGGAGAACGCCCUGGUGAUCUGCGUCAACUGCCGCCGCUCAGGCCGCGUGGGGAUGCUGAACCUGUAUAUCCUCAACAUGGCCAUCGCAGACCUGGGCAUCCUCCUGUCCCUGCCUGUUUGGAUGCUGGAGGUCCUGCUGGAUUACACGUGGCUCUGGGGCAGCUUCUCCUGCCGCUUCAUUCAUUAUUUCUACCUUGCGAACAUGUACAGCAGCAUCUUCUUCCUCACGUGCCUCAGCAUCGACCGCUACGUCACCCUCACCAAUACCUCUCCCUUCUGGCAGCGCCACCAGCACCGAAUACGGAGGGCGGUGUGCGCAGGCGUCUGGGUGCUCUCCGCCAUCAUCCCACUGCCUGAGGUGGUGCACAUCCAGCUGUUGGACGGCUCCGAGCCCAUGUGCCUCUUCCUAGCACCUUUUGAAACCUACAGCGCCUGGGCCCUGGCAGUGGCCCUGUCGGCUACCAUCCUGGGCUUCCUACUGCCUUUCCCUCUCAUCGCAGUGUUCAAUAUCCUGUCGGCCUGCCGGCUUCGGAGGCAGGGGCAGACAGAGAGCAGGCGCCACUGCCUGUUGAUGUGGGCUUACAUCGUUGUCUUCGCCAUCUGCUGGCUGCCCUACCACGUGACAAUGCUGCUGCUCACGCUGCACGGGAACAACGUCUUCCUCCACUGCCACCUGGUGAACAUUAUCUACUUCUUCUACGAAAUCAUUGACUGCUUCUCCAUGCUGCACUGCGUCGCCAACCCCAUCCUCUACAACUUUCUCAGCCCGAGCUUCCGCGGCCGACUGCUGAGCCUUGUGGUCCGCUACCUUCCCAAGGAGCAGGCCAGGGCAGCAGGCGCUCGAGCCUCCUCUUCGUCCUCCACCCAGCACUCCAUCAUCAUUACCAAAGAGGGCAGCCUGCCCGCUGCAGCGGGUCUCCACACCCACCCCAUCCGAAACGUUCAGGCGUCCUCUCUGCCUCCAAAUACCUCACCUACACUCUGCAAUUCCGCAGGCAGCGAAGGUAGACUCUAGUGUCUUCCACCAAUAACAAAAUUCAGAGGAGGAUGCUAGAAGUCUGUGGAGGGGUGGGGGUGAGGGGUGGUCUUAUCCAAGACCAUUUUUAAGUAUAUCAAAAUGUUGCUGUGGGGAGAGGGAGAAGGUUCUGGAAGGAAAGAGAAUGGGUCUUUCCUUGGUAGUAUACUAUUUGUUUGGGUACUGAUGUCUAAGGGAGCCACGCAGAUGGGGGGCUGGGGGUGGGGCGGCGAAAUAAAUAAAUCGCAGAGACACCCGUGCUGGGAAUUUGAGAACUGUGUCCUUCCAGCUGAGUUGAGGAAGGCAGGGAGGCUAAGGGACGCUCUGCAGACGGAACUGGCUGCCCUUGUUUCAUAAAUCACCCUGGCGGGGAGGGCGGGAGAGCCCCACAGGAACCUUGCAAAACUCUCCCUUUGUGUUUGUCUGCUUGUUGAUACUCCAGCUCACUAUGCUAGUCGUGGGGACAAGAGGCCAGAGGCCAAGGACCCAGGAGUCAGCAGGACAUUCCCUAGCUGUGCCUCAUCCCUAACCCUGAGUUUGAUAAGUCAUGGGGGCGGGGCUUACAACCAGCAAGCGGGUGGGUCUCGGUCAGGCACCGCCCCGGGCAGCUGGCUCAGCAGGAUGGUCCCUCCACCCAGUCAUCCGGGAAAUGUGGCUCCGUUUCCGUGUGGUAUCCUGCCCUCCCCCGCCCCA